GAUUCGAGGAAAAAUACAACAGUAUUAGAAGUACCAAAAAGUGUGUGCGGCGAUAGUAGUGUUUAUGUGCGCCACAGAGGAAUUCAUUAAAAUUUGUGGAAUAACUAUGGACUAAGUGUGGUUGCAGUCGAUGGAGGCGACGAGAAGACUUUGCUUCAUCUGCGUCCUGUUGGUUGUGAGAAUUGCGAGAGCUUCGGGCAGAGAAGUAUGCCUGGGCACAGAUAUGAAACUGGCCCUGCCCUCCAGUCCGGAGAAUCACUUUGAGAUGCUUAAGUUACUCUACACUGGAUGUCAGGUCGUCCAUGGCAAUCUGGAGAUCACACACUUACAGGGGACGCCAGAUCUCUCCUUCUUGCAGGGGAUAGUGGAGGUGCAGGGAUAUGUGCUAAUAGCUCACGUAUCAGUGAGUGUUGUUCCACUGGAUAGCCUACGCAUAAUCCGAGGCAGUCAACUGUAUAACUCCAGCUAUGCUCUGGCAGUCCAGGACAACACACCCACCGGCACAGGUGGAUCUGGACUGACAGAACUGCGCCUGAGGAGCUUAACAGAGAUUCUGAUGGGUGGGGUAUAUAUUUGGGGGAACCCCCAUCUGUGCUUUCCAAAUCCCAAAAAGAUCAACUGGAACGAUACUCUGGACGGAACGCACGAACAAGUACUGCACCUGCAAGAUGCCCCAAAACAGUGCCCAGCUUGUUCUGCAGACUGUGUAUCUGGAGGGUGUUGGGGACCAACUGAUCAGGACUGCCAGACUUUUACCCAUGUCCAUUGUGCGUCCGGGUGUCUGAGGUGUAAGGGCAGACACCCUAAUGACUGUUGCCAUGUGCAGUGUGCAGCAGGGUGCACGGGGCCCAAGGACUCAGACUGUCUGGCCUGCCGGCAUUUUAACGACAGCGGGACGUGUAAGGGCAGCUGCCCGCCUCCUACCCUCUAUGACCCAAUCACGUUCCAGUCCAAACCCAACCCGGACUUUAAGUUCAGCUUUGGAGCCACCUGUGUAAAGCAGUGUCCUUAUAACUACUUGGCCAUGGAUGUGGCAUGUACUAUGGUCUGCCCUCCAGCCAAUCAGGAGGUCAUCCUCCAGGUAGAUGGUCAGGAGAUCCAGAAAUGUGAAGAGUGUAAAGGAGAGUGUCCAAAAGUAUGUUACGGUCUAGGCAUGGGUAAUCUGCAGGGAGUGUCAGCAGUGAACUCCUCUAACAUUGGCCUGUUCUCUGGCUGUAAGAAGAUUUUUGGCAGUCUGGCUUUCUUACCGCAGUCUUUUAAAGGAGACCCAGCGACAAACACAUCUGGUCUUCAGCCCCGUCAGCUCAGUGUGUUCAGGACUUUAGAAGAAAUUACAGGAUAUCUGUAUAUUGAUGCCUGGCCAGCAGAUUUGAAAGACCUGGGAGUGUUUGAGAAUUUGAAGGUGGUCAGAGGAAGAAUGCUUUAUCGGGGGGUAUUCUCUCUGGGUGUGCAGAAUCUGCAGAUUGAGUCUUUGGGGCUCCGUUCACUACGCAGUGUCAGUGGAGGUCUGGUCCUGGUUCAUAAUAAUUCACAGCUCUGUUAUACGUCCUCUCUACCGUGGGAGUCUGUGCUGCAUCCCAAACAAGGCCCACAUCUCAUCAGCAAUGCUAACCGAGACCCCAAAACAUGUGUUGCAGAGGGUCGAGUGUGUCAUCCCCUGUGUGCGGACGGGGCCUGCUGGGGUCCUGGGCCUGGUCAGUGUGUGUCAUGUGUGGAGUACCAGCGUGGGACGGAGUGUGUGGAGCAGUGUAACAUCCUGCAGGGGUCUCCGCGGGAGUUCAUUGAUGGCUCCCAGUGUGUUGCCUGCCACUCAGAGUGUCGCCCAAUCAAUGGUUCUGCCUCCUGUGUGGGCCAGGGGGCAAACCAGUGUAAAGAGUGCCUGCACUUCCAGGAUGGGGACACAUGUGUGGAGCGAUGCCCCAGUGGGGUUAAGGAAGACCAACACACUAUAUGGAAGUACAGCAAUGCCUCAGGACACUGUCUGCCCUGUGAGACCAACUGCACUGUGUCGUGCCCCCUUGAUGAGAGAGGGUGUCCAAUUCACCAGAAGCCAGGACCUGGCACGGCAAUUGCAGCCGCCGUGGGUGGAGUGGUACUCUUCCUCAUCCUGCUGGCACUGCUGGUGUUUUACCUGCGUAGGCAAAAACAUAUGAAAAGGAAGGAAACUAUGAGGAGGAUCCUACAGGAACAUGAGCUGGUGGAACCACUCACGCCAAGCGGCGCCAUGCCUAACCAAGCUCAGAUGCGGAUACUCAAGGAAACGGAACUGAAGAAACUGAGAGUGUUGGGCUCUGGAGCCUUUGGCACUGUAUACAAGGGUGUAUGGGCCCCUGAUGGUGAAAGUGUGAAGAUUCCAGUUGCCAUUAAGGUUUUGCGUGAGAACACCUCACCCAAGGCUAACAAAGAGAUCCUGGAUGAGGCCUAUGUGAUGGCUGGGGUUGUGAGUCCGUAUGUAUGCCGUUUGUUGGGGAUCUGUCUGACUUCCACUGUUCAGCUGGUAACUCAGCUGAUGCCUUAUGGUUGCCUACUGGACUACGUCAGAGAGAAUAAAGACCACAUUGGCUCCCAGUACCUUCUCAACUGGUGUGUGCAGAUUGCCAAGGGUAUGAGUUACCUAGAAGAUGCGAGAUUGGUUCACAGAGACCUUGCAGCGCGCAAUGUUCUGGUGAAAAACCCAAACCAUGUGAAGAUCACAGACUUUGGCCUGGCCAGAUUGCUUGACAUAGAUGAGACAGAGUACCAUGCUGAUGGGGGAAAGGUGCCCAUUAAAUGGAUGGCUUUGGAGUCCAUACUGCACAGAAAGUUCACUCACCAGAGCGAUGUGUGGAGCUACGGGGUGACUGUAUGGGAGCUGAUGACCUUUGGGAUGAAGCCGUAUGACCUCAUCCCAGCACGGGACAUUCCAGAGCUCCUAGAGGGGGGCGAGAGACUCCCUCAGCCCCUCAUCUGCACUAUAGAUGUUUACAUGAUCAUGGUCAAGUGUUGGAUGAUUGAUCCUGAAAGCCGACCCAGGUUCAAAGAGCUCGUGGCUGACUUCUCCAACAUGGCAAGGGACCCACCACGCUAUGUUGUCAUUCAGAAUGAUGAGCAAAUGAGUUUGUCCAGCCCUGUGGACAGUGAGUUCUUCCGCACCCUGAUGGCUGAGGAGGGAGGGAAUGUAAAGGAGUUGCUUGAUGCUGAAGAGUACCUGGUACCACAACCUGGGUUCUUCCGCCCUCCGGGAGAGGGCUCAGCCGCCGGCCCCAGCAGGCACCACUCACACAGGAGCACAGACCAAAUCAUGGAGGUAGAUGGUGUGGGUCCUGGAAGGAGCAUAUAUUCAUCUGUAAGCACUCUUGGGCGGAGUCAGUAUCCCACACUUCCAGCUGGGGCGGCAGCUAAUGGGAUGUGGGGAGGUUCUCAGCAGCCUUCCCUGGCCAGGAGUAUCUCCCGUCACUCGGCGGGUGGACAGUCUGAUUCAGUGUUCCUUGAGACAGGUUUAGAGGAGAAUAUUCCACCCUCCAGCCCAGGUCGCUAUUGUAAGGACCCCACCUUCCCAAAUGGUAUGGAUGAAGAUGUGGAGGUGGAUGGACCAGUUCAUCACUUCUCACACACACUUCCCCGCAAACUGCAUACGCAGCCAGAGUAUGUGAACCAGGAGGUACAGGCAGUGCGACCUAGUACCUUGCCUCGUAAAACUAGGGAGCAGCGACUUCCAAAUGGCCUUAGUGCAGGACGCAGUGUGGAGAAUCCAGAGUACCUUGUACCCAUGGGAAACACCUCACCUGCCUUUGACAAUCCCUAUUACCUGGAAUUACUGGCCAAGGCUAAAGCUGUCUCUGGAGCAACGGGGGGGAUGGAGAGAGGCGCUACCAGUCCUCAAAGGCAACCCAAUGGUUUUGUGACCCCUACAGCUGAAAAUCCAGAAUAUCUGGGGCUAGUGGACACUUGGAGUGGCCAAAGAGAACACACUUGAGAUAUAAAGAGAGGGGGAGGAAACCAGAGUAAACAAUGCCGCGGGGAGAGACUCUGUUGACUCUGUCUGUGCCUGUGUGUGUGUGUGUGUGUGUGAAAGUGUGAGUAAGAAAGUGUGAAAGGAGACAAAGGGGUAGAGUGUGUGUAUGUUUUAAAGGCAGAGGAAUCAGUACAGUGUGCCAUGACGUGUGUGAGUCAGUAUGUGUACACGAACAAGUGAAUGUAACUACUGUGUGUGAGUAAGUGGUAUUUGCUCUAUGCCACUCUGGCUGGAUGGUCCUGUUGGACAUGGGCUAAUUUAAGUAAAACCAUCUCUACUUCCUCCUAAAACAUUACCAAGAAAAUAUCAUGUAGCAUUUUGUGUCAACAUUAAGGAAAUGUGAGUACGUCUGAAGAGCCUGGUAUCCUGCAAACAGAAAUGAGUGGGGGUGCCAUAACACUUCUAAAACUGCAAAAAAAAAACCCCAAACUGUUAAUGGUUCAUCUGUGGCUGAGAUGGAAAGAUACAGUGUGGUGCAGGCCAGCAGAGUUGUUUGAGAUGGUUUGAAUGGAUUUAAUGAGAAUGUAUACCAAAUAACACUGGAUGGGACAUAUGAACCUGGAAGAAUCUACUCGAAAAUGUAUCUGUUUUAUCUUUUUUUUUUUUUUAAAUAAUCUACACACUUCCUCUUCUGGUUUUUCUUCAAGAUGUCUUCCUUAGAAGAUUCUAGAAACCUACUGCUUGAAAUUUACAGCUAACUGACUGAACUGUACAGAUAAAAUUGACUAUGCUGCAACACAGAAAGCAAAGCUAAUGCGACACUCUAUCAGAGCUUGGUACAAUCAAAGCCGUUCUGUGAGCCUCACAGAGGGCCUGGAGGAGCAGCUGGGCCAUAUUGUGUCUGGAUGAAAGAGAGACAUUAUGGCCACACUAACCAUGGGUUUAGAGAGCAAGAAGAAUGUGGUGUGUUCAUCAGUGUAACAGUGUAAUCAGUGUGGUACACAUAUAUGG